AUGGCAACAACAGCUCUGACUGGUUUCUCCAUGAUGAGUCUGCUCAGCCUCGGGUACCUGACCUGGGAUCUGAUGAGCCCGAACCAGGUGGAAAAUGAGCCCAAUCAAAGCUUUAUGGACAGAUCUCCGGUCCCGCAGCCUCCUCACAUCAUUUUCAUCAUGACAGAUGACCAGGGCUUCAAUGACAUCGGGUAUCACAGCUCAGACAUCAGGACACCGGUGUUGGAUAAACUGGCUGCUGAUGGAGUGAAGCUGGAGAAUUAUUACAUCCAGCCUAUCUGCACUCCGUCCAGGAGUCAACUCAUCACUGGCAGGUAUCAAAUCCAUACUGGUCUCCAGCACUCCAUCAUCCGGCCCCGCCAGCCCAGCUGCCUGCCCUUCGACCAGGUCACCCUCCCCCAGAGGCUUCAGGAGCUCGGCUACUCCACCCACAUGGUAGGCAAGUGGCACCUGGGCUUCUAUAAGAAGGAGUGUUUGCCCACUCGCCGUGGCUUUGACACAUACUUUGGCUCCCUCACGGGAAGCGUGAACUACUACACCUAUGACUCCUGUGACGGCCCUGGGCUGUGUGGCUUCGACCUCCAUGAGGGGGAGUCGGUCGCCUGGGGUCAGAAGGGCAAAUACUCCACCCAUCUGUACACACAGCGAGUCCGCAAGAUCCUGGCAACCAAUGAUCCUCAGUCCCAGCCGCUGUUCAUCUUUCUCUCCUUCCAAGCAGUACACACCCCUCUACAGUCACCGCGAGAGUACAUCUACCCAUACCGCGGGCUGGAAAACGUGGCACGCAGGAAGUAUGCAGCGAUGGUCUCAGCUGUAGAUGAGGCAGUUCGUAAUAUAACAUACGCUCUCCGCAAGUACGGAUACUAUCAGAACAGUGUCAUCAUUUUCUCUACUGACAAUGGCGGUCAGCCUUUGUCAGGAGGCAGUAACUGGCCACUCAGAGGACGUAAAGGCACAUACUGGGAAGGUGGCAUCCGGGGUCUGGGAUUCGUCCACAGCCCUCUGUUGCGGAAGAAGAGGAGGGUGAGCAAGGCGCUGGUACACAUUACUGACUGGUAUCCAACACUGGUGGGAUUAGCAGGAGGCAAUGAGUCCCUGACAGAGGGCCUCGAUGGGUAUAAUGUUUGGGAUGCCAUCAGUGAAGGGAAGGAGUCGCCACGGCUGGAGAUCCUCCAUAACAUUGAUCCUAUGUAUAACCAUGCACGCAGUGGCUCUCUGCAAAAAGGAUAUGGGAUUUGGAAUACAGCCAUUCAGGCCUCCAUACGAGCUGGAGACUGGAAACUCCUGACAGGAGACCCUGGCUAUGGAGACUGGAUCCCGCCACAGAUGCUUCCAGGUUUCCCUGGCGGAUGGUGGAACCUGGAGCGCCACACUGAACCUCGCAAAUCAGUGUGGCUGUUCAACAUCUCCGGGGAUCCCUAUGAACGUUAUGACUUGUCUGAACAGAGGCCAGAUGUUGUGAAAGAGCUGUUAGCCAGACUGGCGUACUACAACCGCACUGCAGUGCCGGUAAGGUACCCGUCAGAGGACCCACGGGCUGACCCUCACCUGAAUGGAGGUGCCUGGGUGCCCUGGGUGGGAGAUGAGGAGGAGGACAGCUGGGACAGUGUUUACCAGAAAAAGAAUAUGGAUUGGAAAAAGAAGCUCAAACUGUCCAAAAGCAGAGCAUUUUUCAGGAGACUCAACACGAGGAUCAUGUCCAACAGGAUAUAG